GCCUGGCGCCUUCGAUGGUGGUUGCGUCAUUGGCUGGAAAACAUCAUACUCGACAACCUCCAUCCAAAGCCAUGUCCAGCAACAUACAACGCAGCUUUAGGUUCACACUCACAGGUCAGCUCUUCUCCCGAACAAAACCUCACACGAACAAUAUCACACGUCGCCUCACCCCACCUAUCCUCGCAAACCCAUCCUCACGCAAAUCCACUACGACAUCCUACCCCACCACCACCACCACCACCACCACCACAUCCUCACGAACCCUCCACACCACACCCACACCCGCCAUGUCCUCAGACGCAGACUACGCCUCCUUCCUCGACAAAGCAAACCAAUCCACCAACGACGGCUCGGCGUCCGCAUCAAGCAAGAAAGACGUCGGCACCAAGAGCGUCAACACAGCGGUGCCGCAGCCGCUUCAGGAGGUCGAGGAGUACUUCGUCAGCGACGCGGAUGAGCCGUUUGAGCCUGUUGCGCUGAAGUUCGAUGGGAAGGGGAGUGUUAGCGCUGACGACCUCAAAUCCCUCCUCAGCCACGCAUCCGCCGUCACGCCCGCCGACGAGAAACAGCUCUCGGGUUACAAGAAGGUCAUCGAGGCGGUGAAGAAGGCGGGCAAUGGGAAGGUGGCGUACUUCCGGGUCGAGCUGGGGGGCACCCGCACCGAGUAUUACGUCGUUAGUGUUGAUGAGGGGGAGGGGCGACUCGUGGGGUUGAAGGCUUUGGCGGUGGAGUCGUAGGUUGGGGUGUUGGUAGGAUAUGAAUACAUAAGCUCUGUGUCGCUUUCUAGGUGUUGUUCUGCAUGUGUUGGGGUAUUUUGAAAUGAACGACGUAUGAUGUGUGUGCAUUUGGGAUGUAUGAUCUCGGAUUUGACCGUCUCAGGGGAAGGCGGAUUCAAGUGACUCGACAUGUGGGCCUACUUCAACCUACGCCAAAGAUCCAUGCUAUACAGUAGCCAUGGCAUCAACAUCCAACAAAACAGUCAUCCCCCCUCUAUGUGCAGAUAGGUAAGAAUGCGAAUUGAAUCGUUUGAACGUUACUUUCCCUUCCUAGGAG